AUGGUCUCCAUCAUUAUCCCCGAUAACUACGGCGCCGUCGUCGCCGUCGCCCUUGGCGCAAUCCCUGUCCUGGGCUUUAUUCACGGUAGCGUCACUGGCUCAUUCCGCAAGCAAGCCAAGGUGCCUUACCCGCACACUUACGCCACUGUUGAGCAGUGCAAGCAAAAUGCAAAGGCUGAACAGUUCAACUGCGCCCAGCGCGCCCACGCCAACUUCUUGGAGAACUCAUCGCAGACGAUGCUUUUCACCCUCGUUGCUGGCCUGAAGUACCCGGAGCUCGCCGCUGGCAUUAGUGCUUUGUGGGUGUUCUUCCGUGUCCUGUUCAUGUACGGAUACGUGUACUCGGGCAAGGCCGAGGGUAAGGGUCGCAUGAUUGGUGCUUUCUUCUGGCUGGCACAGGGUGCUCUUUGGGGCCUGAGUGUGUUCGGUUUCGGCCGGGAUCUGCUCUAA